AUGACAAGAAAAGCAGUAAAAGGGAGUGUGAUAGCUAACCUCCUGGCUGAGAACCCAAUCAAUGAUUAUGAAGCCCUAGAUUUUGAAUUCCCAAAUGAGUAUAUUAACGCAGUGAGCAAUGAUGCUAAGGGUCCAAUUGAUGUAUGGGAAAUGUAUUUUGAUGGAGCAGUCAAUUUAGCUGGUAAUGGGAUUGGAGUAGUGUUGGUUGCCCUAGAUGGGAGACAUUACCCAAUAGCUAUUAAGCUGAGGUUCGGCUGCACAAAUAAUGUAGUAGAGUAUGAAGCCUGCGUAAGUGGUUUACAAGCGGCCAUUAAAGUGAACGUAAAUAAGUUAAAGGUGUAUGGGCAUUCAGCUUUGAUCAUUUACCAAGUGAAAGGGGAAUGGCAGACUAAAGACCCGAAACUAAUCCAGUUUCAAAAAUAUCUCCUUGAACUAAUCAAGGAAUUUGAGGAGAUCUCUUUCACUCACAUGAGUCGGGACAAUAACCAAUUUGCUGAUGCCUUAGCUACUCUGGCGGUGAUGACUAAGAUGGAGGAAGGGCAAAUAACGCAGUUAUUGCAAAUCAAAGUAAGAAGCAAGCAGAAACGAAAGGAGAAUGAUCAGAAGAUUAGCAAUGGGAUACUUUCCCAAUGGAGAAAUCUUGUACAAGAGAAGCUCCAAUGGAAUAAUAUUAUCUGUCGGUAUGGUCUUCCUAGGGAGUUUGUCACUGAUAAUGCCAAAAAUCUGAAUGGUCUGAAGAUUCAGAAGUUAUGUGCAGUAUAA